AUGUACGGCGGUGAGGAACGCUCCGACGAGUUUGCCGUCAAGGCUUCCGGCCACGAGCUCAAGUCGUUGAUCAUGAUGCAUCGGGCGUGCAUACCCGACUUGCACUGCCCGCUCAUGUGCACAGUCGACUAUCGCGGCUUCCGUCUCGUCUGCUGCUCUGCUGGCCUCGACUACCUGUUCACCAAAUGCAACGGGCUCCGGACAAGUGUCACCCACCUCGACCUGGCCGGAUGCACGCUGGACUUAGGCAGCCUCAACAAGAUCAGCACCGCAGGCCUCAUCCCUUUUACGAAGGCCUCCGUCAAGGCCCUGGCGCUGCGGAAGAGCACUGCGGAAAAUAAGUGA